AUGCAGCUUCAACAGAGCUCCAGAAUCGAUUUGGUCGAACUAAAGACUCAGAUUGUGAAGAAGAUUGGGGCUGAGAGGUCAAAGAAGUAUUUCUUUAACUUAAAUAGGUUUCUUAGUCAGAGACAAAGUAAGAGUGACUUCGACAAGUCUUGUUUUCGGUUGCUUGGUAGGGAGAAUCUCCCCCUACACAAUCAGCUAAUCCGUGGGAUUCUGAAGAAUGCAUGCCUGGCAAAGAUCCCUCCGCCUCCAGCUUAUGAUGUGGGCCCCACAAAAUCUGCAACAAUUCAGACAGCAAAGAGUUCUCCUUCUGGCAGAGAGGAUUUUCACGAACAAAGUGGGGCCCUUCUCCCAAAUCAGAGUCAAAACGUUUCCAUUUGGUCAAAUGGUGUUUUGCCUGUAUCGCCACGGAAAAUUAGGUCAGGUACUACGCAUAGGAAGAUUAGAGAUCGGCCUAGCGCACUUGGAACAAAUGGAAAAGUUGAAUGUUUCCCACAUCAAUCCAUUGGUGCAGAAGAUGGUGGAAGUAAUAAGAUCGUUAUGGAGAAUGGGGGGUUCAGUCCAUGUGAUUACCAGAGACCUCUGCAGCAGCAACUUCAAGCAGUGGCCGAGCAACCUGAGAAUGGAAGGGAAGCCUUGAUCCAACGAUCCACUGAGAAACCAAUGACGCAUAGCAAAGACAGAAGGACCACAUUUAUUGAUGAGGGUGAAGAGGUCGAGCAAGCAAACCACUUGACCUUCUCUAGAAAUCAUGUCCAUGCACCGCUUGGUCUUCCAUUUUGCCUGGCUAGUAGCAUUUCUGGUGGUACCCGCAAAGCUCCAGCAGCGGCAUGUUCUGAUGAUGGAUUUGGUAUUUGUUACAACAGCGGUGUCUUGUCUGAUACAGAGAUGCUGAGAAAACGCAUGGAGCAGAUUGCAGUUUCACAGGGCCUUGGAGGGGUUUCAAUGGAAUGUGCAAAUAUGUUGAAUAACAUGUUAGAUGUGUACUUAAAGAGGAUGAUCAAUUCCUGUGUUGAAUUGGUUGGAGCAAGGGCUCCUCAGGACCAGAGAAAGCAGCCGGCAGGCCUCAAGCAGCAGUUUUUUCCGGGGAAAGUUGUCAAUGGAGUAUGGCCUAGUAGUAAUCACUUGCACAUGCAAAAUGCCAGUGGAUCCCUAGAAGUAAUUCAAGAACAACAAAGGCCACAAUGUUCGAUAUCUUUGCGUGAUUUCAAAGUUGCCAUGGAGUUAAAUCCGCAGCAACUCGGUGAAGAUUGGCCUUUACUACUGGAGAGAAUCUGCAUGCAGUCAUACGAGGAUUGA